GAUUAAACGGAAGAAGAACUCUUCAACAAUUGAAAACAAAAAUAUCAUACCAUUUGCUAACCGUUUGCAGAAUCAUCUCGAAGCUGAAUCAAAAGCCAAGUAACAAGGUUACAAGGACAGAAUGAGUGAUAAUAAUUCGGGUGGUAAUAAUUCGGGUGGUGAUAACGACUCUAACUCUGGAAGUGGCUCCACCACUGCAAAUGGUACCACACAAGGCAGUGAAGGGACACAGCAGCAAAACACAGUCCUGAAUUUCAUGCUGUCCAACAAAGUGGAAGCAGGUCUAUGGCUGACCAGAAUUUUCACAGUAGUCUGUAGUUUUCUCUUCAUCUUUCCAAUCCUGGGGGGCAAUCCUUACGGGUUUUACCAGAGAGCUUUGAUCAGCAAUGCAGCCACCAGUGCUCUGCGACUACAUCAGCGACUGCCUCACUUCCAGUUCAGUCGAGAAUUUUUUGCUAUGUUGUUCCUUGAGGACAGUUGUCAUUAUCUGAUGUUCUCUUUAAUUUUCAUGAAUGGAUAUCCCAUCACAAUGGCUGUAAUUCCUGUGUUUCUGUUUGCACUUCUCCAUGCUUGCAACUACACUAAAAAUGUUCUGAAUGUGAUUGGACCAGACUCUAUGCAGUUUUUCCGUAAAUUGAUUGACAAACUUCAGGUCCAACAAGUAAACAUUUUGCGCUUUGUUGCCUGUACGGAGAUCUUCAUAAUGCCAGCUAUCAUCUUCAUGAUGUUUGUUGGAAAGUGCAGUUUUUUCUUGCCCAUUGUAUACUACAGAUUUUUAUCUUUGCGUUAUUCUUCAAGAAGAAAUCCGUACUGCAGGUUAGUGAAACAGUUUUGUGAUUUGUUUGUAAAAACCUCUUGUUUUACUUUCAUUCAUGUACUACAAAUAUUUACAUGUGUUCAAUUGAAAUUGCAUUUAUUACUUUUACUUGUAAAUGUAGAAAAACUUUGGUAUUGUAAUGCUCUUGAAAAUAUCACCUUACUGUGUACUAUAAGUAUUAUUUGGAACAGGACCCUGUUUACUGAGAUGAGGAUGACAGUGGAACACUUUACAGCUAUGCCUAACUGUCCAGGGCUCAUCAGGAAUGCCUGUCUGAAGGCCAUCGGCAUUAUAUCACGGCUGGCCCCUCAGCUACCACAGUAAAUCUAGUCCUAAAGUCAGUGAUCAGUACUAUGUGAUGAUUGUGAUACUGAAAGAUACAGAGAGAUGGAAGAUGUGCGGUGAAAGUGGUCAGCUGUAUAGAUCUCAUUGUGUUACCUACACAAAUGUUAACACAAGAAAUUUACUUUGUGAGCCAAGUGUUUUGUACAUUAUAUUCUCUAGAACUAAUUUAUGUUGAUCGAUCAUUUCUGUUACAUGUAUCAUCACUGUCACAGGGCUUUGUAAGCAUUAUACAGAUACUUGUGUUUAUGUCAAUUGUUAAACAUACUUCCUGUGGGAAAUGUUUAAUUUAGAACAACACGCUGGGUAUUCAGAUACUAAGAACCAGGUCAAAGAGUUAAAAUGCUGUUUUGGGAUAUAAAGUACAUAAUAUUUAUUCUAAGCGAUUGUAUGCAAUGUUCAAAACAGAAAUGAAUUUAACAAUCAUCUUAGCGAUAAUCUUGCCUUGUUCUAACCAAAUUUUGAGUGUUGUAAGUGGAUAUUCAAUGCAUACGAAUGUUUUAUUAUCAGAAGUUUUUGAGAAAACAAGUUUUUAACUUUACUGAACUAUAUCUACUGAAGGAGAGCAAGAUGAAUUUUAUUUAUUUACAUAUGCAUGUAAUUAUAUACAUGUACCUCCAUCAAUCUUUACUAUGUAAUACAUUCAAAUGUUAGCCUUAACUUGCAGUUUGUAUUCUCCUUCAGCAGAUAUAGUCAUAUAGUGAUUUCUCAGAAACUUCCGAUGAUGAAAUGUUCGUGUAUAUUGAAUAUCCACUUACAACACUCAAAAUUUGGUUAGAACAAGGCACAAUUAUUGCUAAGAUGAUUGUUCAAUUCAUUUCUAUUGUGAACAUCAAAUACAAUCGCUGAGAGUAAAUAUUAUGUACUUAUCUCAAAAUGGCUUUUAAAUCAUCAACCUGGUUCUUGGUAUCCUACCCGGUUCUUAGUAUCUGAAUACCUGGUGUAUUAUACCAGAAAUAGAAGAUGAUGGUAAUAUGACAAUGUGGCAGUUGUGAUUGAUUUUAUAUUGUUCAACAUCCCUCUUGAGAAUUUUUCAUGCAUAUUAUAUCACAGGUACUGCAAUGUACAUGUACACAUAUUUUAAACAUGUGGAUGGAUACACACACAUAUCUUAUACAUGUGAACAGGCACAUGUACACACAUUUUAGACAUGGACAUGUACAUAUACACAUAGCUUGUAUAUGUGGACACAUAUUUUAGACAUGGGGAGCAUGAAAUCUUUAAGGAACCUACUAGUAUAUUCACCAAUUUCAAAUAUCUUUUGACACCCAGAAAAGUGAUAUGUAAACAACUGAUCCAGGGUAUUUCUAUCCUAAAUAAAUUACUCCCUUCAAUUUUUAAAAAAAAAUAUAUAACUACAUGUAUACAUAAGUAUUGAUGUUAAAGAUGUCAUUUUUAUAUGAAAGAAAUUUUUGAUAUAAAGGACAGAGAGUUUGUUUAAGUAUAACAUUUUCAUCUUAUAAAGAAUGAUAAUUUCCAUUUUAUAAUUCACCGAAUACUGUAUUUAUGACCUACAUGGAAGUGCAGAUCAGUUUGGGUGAAUACACAAAAGAUGUGAACGACUUUGAUUGUUACCUAGUGUAUAAAAGUUCUUUUAAAUUCCUUGUUAGGAGAAGUUUUUAUAGAAUUGCAUUUGAUUUACACUAAUUCAUUCAGUUAUAUACAGAUGCGUUUUUAUUUGAAUAAAGUAAAUUUUCUAACAAAGCACAA